UUCUCUUGAGCGUUCACACAACCUUUUCACACCUUUCUUCAUUUCACAUGGAAAUCAGCUCCCUCGAAGACUAUUCUUCCUUCUUCUUCCCUGAUAUGGAUCCCAAGCGUCGUGGAAACGACACCGCUUUCAACGACCUCCCCAAUUCCCUCAUCCACUUAGACAACAAACAAACCCUCAUGGAUCCUACUCAAUUCCAAUUCGACUCCUCCCCCCCAACCAAGAGACCUCGUCGUGCCAUUGAAGACAUCCACAAUGUCACGGUCCAACAACAACAACGCCGCCUGUGGGUCAAGGAUCGCUCCAAGGACUGGUGGGACCGCUGCAACCAGCCGGACUUCCCUGAAGAGGAAUUCCGGCGCUACUUCCGCAUGAGCAAGGCCACCUUCGACAUGAUCUGCCAGCAUCUGGACUCCGCCGUCACCAAGAAAAACACGAUGCUCCGCCAGGCGAUCCCGGUGCGGCAGCGCGUGGCGGUGUGCAUUUGGCGCCUCGCCACCGGCGACCCCCUCCGCGAGGUUUCCAAACGCUUCGGCUUGGGAAUCUCCACGUGUCACAAGCUCGUGCUGGAGGUCUGCUCCGCCAUAAAAACCGUUCUGAUGCCCAAGUUCCUCCACUGGCCAAACGAAGCCGAAAUGAAACACAUCACCCAAAAAUUCGAAUCUCUCUCCGGAAUCCCCAACGUGGGAGGCUCAAUGUACACCACUCACAUUCCCAUCAUUGCACCCAAGUCCAACGUCAACGCUUACUUCAACAAGCACCACACAGAACGAAACCAGAAGACUAGUUACUCUAUAACCGUUCAGGGCGUGGUUGAUUCCAAAGGUGUCUUUAGUGAUGUUUGUAUCGGUUGGCCUGGUUCUCUCUCCGACGAUCAAGUGUUGGAGAAAAGCGCGCUGUAUCAGAGAGCGACUAUGGGGACUUUGAAGGACGUUUGGGUGGUGGGAAACUCUGGACACCCUCUUAUGGACGGUGUUUUGGUUCCUUACACGCAUCAGAAUCUUACUUGGACGCAGCACGCGUUUAAUCAGAAGGUUGGGGAGAUUCAGAGCAUUGCUAAGGACGCUUUCGCGAGGCUCAAAGGGAGGUGGUCCUGCUUGCAGAAGAGGACCGAAGUGAAGCUUGAGGACUUGCCCGUGCUUCUUGGGGCGUGCUGUGUUUUGCAUAAUAUUUGUGAGAUGAGAGAUGAGGAAAUGGAUCCUCACUGGAAGUUUGAGAUCUUCGAUGAUGAGAUGGUGGCGGAGAAUAACGUUCGCUCUAAUGCUGCAGAGCAAGCCAGAGAUCAGAUAGCGCACUAUUUGUUGCACCAUGGUCGUGCAGGGACUAAUUUUUUGUAGACUUCUAGUUUCGAUUUUGUGCCAUGGUCAUAGUCAUGUGUUGUUGUACUUGGGGUAUCAGAGUUUCUCAUUAAUUCUUUUGGCUAUGGCUUUAUUAUUAUAGUCACAUUAUAAUAAGAUUUUGAUGUUAAUGGGUAUUGGUAUGUAUCAAUUUGUAUAGAUAUCUUUAAUUUGCCCAACUAAAAAAGGAAAUGAAUGAAUAUUUAUUUUUUUAUUUUCUCAA